AGGCAACAGCAACAUCAAGAGCGACAGCGACGACAACGAGAUUGGCAAGAAAAUGACAUUUGAUCAGCGUGAUCGGUAUCAGUAAGAAAGGAGACACAGCUGCAAGCGUUGCGCUGCGUUUGUUAUCCUCAAGUCGAAUCCCCCAGCUGGACAAACACACACACACACACACAUACAUAGACACCCAACCGAUCCAUGGGCUGUACCUGGUCCAAGGAGCCAGACGGCAAUGCGUUGCCCAGUCCGCUGCAGCAGUUGCAAGCGGCGGAGGCGCCGCCCCGUGUGCAACAGCGCCGCCGCCAGGAGGAGAAGCGUCAGCGCCAGCUGGCCAAGCUGCAGAAGCGCAACGCACGCAAGCGGCGCCAUCAGCGCGGCGCCAAUAGCAACAGCCUGCGGCGCAGCAUGCGUGGCAACGUCAAUGUCAACGGCAGCGGCAGCAUUCGUGGCAGCCACAAUCUGGCACCACAGCUGCGGCUGCUUGGGGGCAGCAACGGCAGCAGCGCCACCGAAUGUGUGAGUGCGCUAUAUGCCCGAACGCUGGAGGGUCAGCGGGAGGAGCACCAGCGCGUCAUCGAAGAGAAGACGCGACAUCAGCUGGAGCGGCAGCUGCACACGUUCCUGCUUAACCAGCUGCUACUGGGCAUCCAGUUCUUUGGCCAUUACGAGAACGAGCUGGCCGCUAUCGACGACCAGCUGCAGGCCAGGCAGCGCGCCUGCGGCCAGACCCUCAACGAGCACAGUCUGAUCCAUGCCAGCGCCAUCGAUGUGGCCGUUUCCAAGCGGCUGCUCUUCAAGCCCACAGAUGGCCCACAUCGCCAGUCGGGCUCAGGCCAUGUUCCGGCACAGCCGCAGCCGUUGCAGAAGACGCUGACGUACGUGGUGUUCGAGAAUGUAGAUAUCGCCAGGGCCAAUGACGCGAACUAUGAUUCCAUAGCGGCGCUCUGCAAGGUGCUGUUGGAGACGGACUACUAUAACACGACGCCCUGUCGUUCGCAGUAUGUUCAGCUGCUGGAGCAAAGCCGCUGGAUGGGCUAUGUGCGUCUCAAGCUGCGUGAGCCGAUGCCCAUGCAGUGCAGCUCGGGCAGCAGCCCGAGCAGCGACGAGGGCGACAUUGAUGCCGCCUACAGCAGCUCCGGCUACAGCACUAUCGGUCCUGGCUCCAGCUCGAGUUCGGGCUCGGGCUCGGGCAGAGGCAGCUGGUGCGAGGGCGACUAUGAUCAUGUGUACAUAGCGCGCCUGAAUACACAGCGACCCAUGUCCGAGCUGAAACUCAUGUGCGAGGAGCCACUGCAGCGAAAUGUGCUGCCCGAGGCGUGCGUUUGCCGGCUGAUCAGCUGCCUGCCGGCCUGGCUGGAGCAGAGCGACGACGACGAGGUGGACUCCAAUGCAAGCAGCAGCAACGACGACGAAGACGAUGACGCGAAUCAAGAUCUGCAGCAGUGGCAGGAGAGCAGCCGCUCCGGCUACGAAACGGUGCAGGUGUUACGCCAGUGCCGCGUGGAGCAGCAGCGCCGGCGCGAUCUCCUCCAGCAAUGCUAUCUCAGUUCCCAGCAGUUUAUGAACUACUUUGCCGAGCUGCUGCGCCAGCAGCUGGCUCGAGAGCUGGGUAUCAGCCAGUCGCAGCUGUCGGCUGGCAGCUAUCGUGGCUGCAGCAUCUAUACGGCCACGGAGGAGCUGGUGCCCGCUAUCCAUGUGCCGCACAGCUGGCCGGACUGCGCUUUUGAGUUCAAUCUGCGCGCUCGCCCGCAGCUGACCAAUCUGCACACGGGCGAGAAGUUCCAAUGGCCGACCACGUUGAUGCGCAAGCGCAUUCAAUCCUUUGGCUUCCAUGUGGUGCCCGUGGGCUAUGCGCCGAAGCGGGCGCGUAAUCCCUUCCGUGAGCUGGAGUGGCGCAUUGUAUUCCCGCAGGCGGAGCAGUUUCUCGAGCGCCAGCUGACGCGCAUGCAGCUAAAGAUUCUGCUGCUGAUGAAGGCCCUGGUGCGGACGUUCGUUAACGAGAAAUGCCAGGCAAUGGGCCACAUCAUGGAGCAGCUGCGGACGCAUCUGUUCUGGCAAUGCGAGCGACACAGCAACGACUGGCCGGAGGAGUUUCUGGGCGAGAGGCUGGUGCGCUUCGUGCGCACCUUUGCUGAUUGCCUGGCCAAGAAGCAGCUGAGCGACUAUUUCAUCGAGCGGCGCAAUCUCUUCGAGCAUGUGCCAGAGGAUGCGCUCAUGGAGCUGCGCGCCAUCAUGGCGGGCAUUGCCGAGCAGCCGCUCAUGCAUGUGCUCCAGGCGCUGCGCAAUCUCCAGCAUGCCGACGACUUUUAUCCCAAGCUCAACUAUCGCCGGCUGCUCGACAAUUUUCUGGCCCAGGACUAUCUGCAGCUGCGCGGCUGGGCCAAGUUUGCGCGGAACACGCUGCCCGUAACGGAGCAGCAGCGGGAACCGCAGCGGGAACAGCAGCCGCCAGAGCUGGAGCCCAGUGAUGCACAGGGUCUGCUGGGCAUGCGUCAGCAUCAGGAACGCACGCGCGGCAAGCUGCGCCGCAAGACGCAAAUGCUGCGGGCCCAGCAGCUGAAGCUGGCCGAGCAGCGCCGCGACUCCAGCGAGUCCCUGACGCUGGACUUGCCGCUGCUGAUGCCCCGCACAUCGCAGACAUCCCACACAUCCAGCAACACAUCCGCCACAGCUGCAGCUGCAACUAAAACAACAACAACAACAACAACAACAACAACGACAACACCUCAACUCAACGACGGCUUCGAGAUCCUGCGGCGCACCAAUCUGUUGGAGCUGCUGCUGGAUCACAUGCUGGCCAUGCUGGCCAAGGCGACGGAGUUUCGCAAUGCACAGCACGCCCAGCUCUAUUUGGAGCAGGCGCAGCGCCUGUGCCGGCUCUACCAGCAGCUGGGCUGCUCCCAGUAUGCCCAGCACUAUACGGACGCACUGUGCCAGGCGGCGAGCAGUAUCGAGCGGGCCACCACCAGCGCCAGCACUAGCCGCGGCAGCCCCGCCGCCAGCUGCAGCUCCAGUCCCAUGCGCCGCAAGUCUCUCAAGUUCGUGGAGCAUGUCGUGCAGAUGCACUCAGGCGAGCUGCUGCCGCUGCAGCCACCCGCGCCACCAGGCACACAGCGUGCGCCGCCCAAGUCCAAUGAGCACGACGACGACAUCAUCCUGGAGGCCAGACAGCGAGAGCCCGAGCCGCAGCCGGAGGCCGAGACAGAGCCCGUGCCAGAGGCGUCUGUGCCAGCCAACGCCAUGGAGGGCAGCAUUUUGGGGCCGCUGCUGCAGCGACUCCAAGUGGAUGCCGGAGCACUGCAAGUCAUAAGCACCAAGACGGAGCAGCUGAUGCAAACAUUGGCGCCGGAAGCGAAGCGCGACGAGCUACGCGACAUGCUCAAGCGGAAUACACAAAAGCUGAAGAGCGCUUUCAAUUAGCAGCUCCUCUUAACCCCGACAGCCCGACUACGCCCUAGAGGCGUUAUCUAUAUAUACAUCAUUCUAUGAGAUUAUCGGAAUGGCCCUCAAGUACGCCCGAUUGGCUUCCGUCUUCGGUCUGCUGCCCAUCUUGAUAACUCCAGACUAAUUGUAAAAUGAAAACCGAGCGAAACGCAAGCAAGCAACUUAUUUCGAUCAUGUCUUAUAAAGCUGUUUGAUAAG